CACAUCCUAUUCAUCAGUAUUGAAGCAGAGACGGUAGCUAGGUACACGGCCUUAUGAUUUGACAAAAAUGAGGUUUUCUUACAAGUGCAUUAACAAGUGAUUUAUGACGAAACCAUGGUUUAAACCCUGACGGUGGCGUGUCUCAAAACGUGGAAGCUAAUGGGACUCGUUGUAGCCAUGUUUCGACGGACGCCCAGGCGAGCAAUGUUCAAGGUUUUCGUAGCAUUUUUAGUAGUGUGCCUCAUGCUUUUACUCUGUUAUAGUGCAUCGUUGAGCGUCAACACUUUUAUCUCAAGUCUUGAGCAAGGACGGUUUCCAUCAUUGGGUUUGGAUGGUGCAUUAAGGAAUGAUGACUCACAGGACAUUCUCCUAGUUUUUAAAUCCACCAAGCUCUCUCGGGAUGAAAUGGCAGCUCGGAUGGAGAAGAGGACACCCAAUCUCCCCGUCAGAUUCUGGCUGGAAGUGAAGGACAAAGAUUUAUCGAAGAAUACUUCGUGUGCGCAAUUCCCGUCUCUUUAUGACCUGAAUUACGUCGACACCCACUGGCAAGAACUUCAGACUGUUGACGGACCCUACCAUCUGUUUGGUGCAUACUUCGAUAACAGAACUUUGGUCAAAGAAGCACCGGCGGUGCGUAUCAUAGGUCAGAUCGCUAAGAUCAACGUCAAAACAUCUCUCUUUUGUCAGUUGUGGUUCGAAGAACACAAGGAACCAGCAUUCGCUCCUGUAUUUGAGCACAGAUACCUAUGGAGGGCUGCAAUGGGCGUGUAUGAGAAUGGAGUGAUGCAGCCAUACAUGUUCUCUUGUCAAGUGCCUCAUGAAUACAGAGGUACUGUCCCACAAGCUGUGUCUGUAGUUGAAAAGCCUUGUGACAAUGCGAAGACAAAUCUAAAGGUAAACAACAUCCUUCCUCCAUCUGGCAAGAAGGAAGGUUUUGCAGUGUGUGUGAAGGGAAUGAGCUUUCCUUUCGUCGAUUUCAGCGUUCGGUUGGUUGAAUGGCUCGAACUUCUGUUCAUUUUAGGCGCUGAUAAAGUCUUCUUUUACGAUUACGAUAUGCAUCCAAAUAUUUCGAAGGUCCUAAGUUACUACGAAGAGCAAGGUCGCGUUGAAGUCAUAAAGCUCCCCUUGUCUGGGAGGCGACCCAACGCCUUCGGUCUCCUGAAUAUGUUUUUGGGGUUCAUCGGCAAAAUUCCAAAGGAGCACGAGGAGACGGUCCCAUACAAUGAUUGUUUCAUGAAGAACAUCAACAGGUAUAAGUUCGUCAGCGCUAUGGACACUGACGAGGUUAUAAUACCCAAGGUCUCUUCCUCGUGGGAAACUAUGAUGAAUAUUGUAGUUGCAAAGGCUCUUGAUACAUCGAAGAAGCCUCCGUCUAGUUACGUUAUGCGACACGUCUAUUUCUUAGACGACAUGGGAUAUUCGAAUGAGACGGUAAGAGACGUUCCUCCCUACAUGCACAUGCUCCGGCAUGUGCGUCGUAGUCGUAACUAUAAUCAUCCAGAACAUUAUAUCAAGUCCUUCUUCGAUACGGAGAGAGUGCUCUCCAUUCAUAAUCACUUCCCAUUGACCUGUCUCGGCGCUGGGUGUUCCCCCUACUUUGUGAACACGUCAGACGGCCAUUUACAACAUUACCGCCAUUACUGCGUUGAACAUUUAGAGAGCGUUUGUGAGAAAGCCUUCAGGAACGACAGCGUUCGAGAUACGAAUAUCUUCAGGUUUAAGGAGCCUUUGAUAUCUGGUGUAAAGCGCACGUUGUUAAAGCUUGGUUUCGUAAACCAGUUGCCUUAAAGUUUUUGUUGAAGUCCUUCGGGUGUUUCGAUGGAUAAUUCAAAGGUUAGAAUAGUUACACGAAUACCGCAAUGUGUAAAAAAAAAAAAAGUUCUUUGCAGCUCAUCUUCUGUCCCUUGCUGCUACCCCUUUCAUUCCUUUUACUGUACCUCCUUUCAUAUUCUCUUCCAUCUUACUUUCCACCCUCUCUUAACAAUUGAUUCAUAGCGCAACUGCUUUGAGGUUUUCCUCCUGUUACACCAUUAAAACUUUUGACUGUCAAUUUCUGUUUCAGCGCUGAAUGACCUCAUUAGCCCCAGUGUUUGGCCUUUGACCUACUGUAUUUGAUUAAAUUUUCGUCUUGACUUAUAAUUUAAUUUUUCGAGACGGCUGUCGCUCAAGAGAGCUGGCUCAUUGUAUAGAAUAUUCCUCUCCCUGGGAUGCUCUGAGGAAGCCUGAGUUGAGAAGUCAUUAUUAUGUAUAUAUAUAAACACCCCUGUCGUUAGGACUAGACUGUAAAUCAGUCCUGUCCUUAAAUAUUGUGAUUCUCUCUCGCUCUCUCUCUCUUUUCUGACCGUUCCCACAUAGCUAAUAUUCGUGUUCAGAAGUUUAUUCUAGGUAAGGAGAAUGGCGUAAUAAUAGAAGCAUCUUGGCAGCAACAUAACUUUAUAUCAAUUCGUGUUCCGACAUCGUAUCCAUCCACCACAUCCACAACCAAAACCAUAGCGAAAUCCUUUUAAAACAGAAUGUUCUCGAAGUUAAGGUUGCAUGGUGCAUUAUAGAAAAUGGGGUUUAUGGUACAUAGUGCAUUAUAGAAAAUGGGAUUUUACAGACACUCCAAGAAGUGUCUGAAUUUCAAUAAAAAGUGGCUGUUUUAGACGUACUCAGAAAAACCUGUGUAUGCGCGUGGCUCCAUAUCUAUCAAGUAGGAGCUUAACAAAGUCAAAUUGACAUGGGAACAAUAGUCGUUCCUGAGACAUAACUCUUUCUGUCUUUGUUUAUGUAAGAGGCAUAUGUUACGUAUACCAUACUCAGUUAUACAAAGUGUCCAUAAAGUCCCAGUGCCAUUCCGAGCAAUAAAUACUUGUAAUGGUACUGGGACUUUAUGGACACCCUGUUGAUACUUUAAUACAUAUGUGUAACAUUCAGUAGACAUAAAGUGAGACUCGUAAAAAAUAAUCCCUGUUGUCAAGUGUAGAAUUCGUUUAACAGUAUUCAGUAUUUGAACAUUGAGUUAACUUUUUGAAAACCAAUGCAUUUAGUUGACUUCUAUUAAAAAGGUAUCAAAGCACAAAUGUAUAGUCUAAGCUGACUUACACAGUUCAAGCUAGUUCAUCUGGGAUGGUCCAACAAUGUUGAUUUUUCGCGGUAUGUGCAGUAGUACUUCAAGGCCUGAGCAUCGGCGAUCGUGAUUUUGCGAAUUAAAGUUUGGGUAGAUCUAGGGUACUUAUCCGCGGCGGCCUAGACUAUGGCAGUUGCGGUUUUUCUAUCCAGUUUUACUACUGAACAAGAAUUUAAAGUAAUAUUUAUUCGGACGACUAUAAUUAAACCCCCCAGGGGCCAGUACUAAACACGGCGAAACAUUGGACGCCCCAAUCCCUAGUGGAUGUCGUAUCCGCGGUAACGUUCCUUGCAGUCCGUGCGGACUGCUUCUGUAGAAAUACCAAAGUUUGUACUAAAGACUAGUAGUGACAUGACUAUUACUUAUCUCGCAGAGAAACCAGAAUUUCUCUCUCUCUCUCUC